AUGGCCACCACAAAUCCAAAGCUCAAAGCAGCAGUCUUGGUAGUAUCUGAGACUGCUUCCCAAGACCCAUCGACCGACAAGUGCAUACCAGUGCUGAAGAAAGUCUUCGGCGAUCUCGGAAACGACCAAUGGCAUGUUAGCGAAACUGAGAUCGUGCCCGACAAUGCACUCGCGAUUCAGAAGACAAUUAGAACUUGGAGUGAUGGCCCUGAUCCAAUCAAUCUGAUUGUCACUAGUGGAGGCACUGGUUUUGCAACCAAAGAUGUCACCCCAGAGGCAGUUACACCAUUGAUUGACAGACAUGCCCCCGGUCUUAUACAUGGCAUGCUUACAACUUCAUAUGCCGUCACACCUUUCGCACUUAUGGCGAGACCUGUUGCGGGUCUCCGAAAGAAGACUUUGAUCUUGACUCUCCCUGGGUCGCCCAAAGGUGCCAAAGAGAAUCUGGAGGCGGUUCUCAAAUUACUACCACAUGCGUGCAUUCAGGCAGCUGGGGCAGAAUCAAGACCUCUGCACGCGGGUGGUGUAGAGAAGCUUGAAAAGGACGCUGGGGUCUCUUCCGCUGGCACGACCACAGGAACCGGAUGUGGGCAUCACCAUCAUGGUCAUGGUCAUGGCGGACACGCAGGACCUAGAGCUCAUACAAACCCUGAAGAGCGUCCCCAGUCCAAUGACCCUUCCGCAGGACCAACACGCAGAUACCGGUCAUCUCCUUAUCCUAUGCUUGCUGUUGACGAUGCGCUUAAGCUCAUCGCAGAGCAAACUCCAGCUCCUGUAGUAGAGCGCGUACCAGUAGACAUGAGACUGAGUGGUUCCGUCCUUGCCGAAGAUGUCAAAGCCACCGAGUCCGUCCCAGCAUUCCGUGCUAGCAUCGUCGACGGUUACGCCGUAAAGAUCCCUUCUACAGGCAAGUUUGAAAAAGGAGUCUACCCCGUUACAAUCGUAUCUCACGCUCAGGCUGGCGAGGUUAAAGAGCUGAGAGAGGGAGAGAUUGCCAGAAUUACAACCGGCGCCCCUCUCCCUCCUGGUGCUGAUUCAGUAGUCAUGGUCGAAGAUACAGUGCUGAAGAGUCUUACAGACGACGGCAAAGAAGAAAAAGAAAUCGAGAUACUGACUGACGAAAUUAAACCAAACGAAAAUGUACGCGAAGUAGGGAGUGACGUCAAAGAGGGCGAGACCAUCUUGAAGAAAGGUGAAGGCGUCACAGUCGUCGGCGGCGAGUUCGGUCUCCUUGCGUCCGUGGGCACGAAAGAGGUGUCUGUCUAUAAGAAACCAGUCGUUGGAGUCCUGAGCACAGGAGACGAGAUCAUCCCGCACAACAGAGAAGGCUCACUGCGGCUCGGAGAAGUGCGCGAUACCAACCGUCCUACACUCAUCACCGCUGCACGAAGCCACAGGUUUGAAGUCAUCGAUCUGGGGAUUGUCUCAGACAAACCUGGUAGUCUCGAGCAGACACUUCGCGACGCCAUGCGCAAGUGCGAUGUUAUCAUAACCUCUGGCGGCGUCUCAAUGGGCGAGCUCGAUCUCCUCAAGCCAACAAUCGAGCGCUCUCUCGGCGGCACGAUCCACUUUGGUCGCGUAAACAUGAAGCCCGGCAAACCCACCACCUUCGCCACGGUGCCAGUAAAGGACAACUCUGGAAACCCUGUAACCAAGUCUGUCUUCUCGCUUCCCGGAAAUCCUGCUUCGGCUGUGGUGUGCUUCCAUCUCUUUGUUCUGCCUGCAUUGCACCAGCAGGCUGGUAUUAAGCCACUCGGUCUACCGAGAAUCAAGGUCAUACUGGAUGAGGAUGUAAAGAUGGACAAGGGUCGGCCAGAGUAUCACCGUGCACUAGUUGUGACUAAGGAAGACGGACUGCUAUAUGCUAGCUCGACAGGGGGACAGAGGAGUAGUCGGAUUGGCAGCUUCAGGGGUGCAAAUGCGCUACUUGCGAUGCCGCAGGGUGAGGGUAGCCUGAAGAAAGGUGAGAAAGUCGAGGCACUGCUCAUGGGAAAGUUGGGAGAGGUUGAGCGUUGA